CACCCUGCAACGGGACUGUGUUUUUCACAGAAUUGUUUUCCGCGUUUUCCCGCAAAAACUACGCUCUUUGACGGUGAUUUUUCGCCUCAGAGGGCCGCAUCUAUCAACCCCACUCUCUGGCUGGCCACUCAUCUACUCACACCUAAAGACGAAUUAUGUAGUUUUUCCACUUGGUGUACAGUCAGUUUGUUCCUGUCUUGCUUGAUAGAGGAAAGGUACUUGCUCUUAAAUUACAGUUUCAACGUAAUGUUUUAUCGUUCUAUUCAAAAAUUAUCGUCGUUCUAUUACAUACUUUUUACAUUUUUGCCUUUUGCUUUUUUUCAUGAUUUUCGUGAUAGUACGGAUAUUACCGUUUUUCGGAAAAUACCUGCAUUGAGGGUAUAAUCAUCCACCCUUCAAUUAUUAUGAAACUUAGUGAAGUCAAUCUAAAUGCCCUUAAAUGAACAUAUGCAAAGGGUUUUCUGACACGACUGAAAAUUAUUCACAAAAAUACUGGAUUUAUUGGAUGAGCGAAGCUAGCCUUCUCGAUGCAACAGGAUCAUUUUUUGACAGUGUGCGAAGAGUAAAAUUUCUGUUGGACACAAGAUAACUCGCAAGACUUAAAAUGCAUCAAAAGGCAUUUUAGAUGUGUUCAUUUAAAUGUGUUUUGUAUGAUUUUACUGAAUUUCAUGAAAAUUGGAGGGUGGAUCUUCUUGGAAUUAUAUUUAAAAUCUGUAUUUAAUUAUUGAAGACAUCUAAUAGAGAAAAUAUGUUUUGAAUACUAAGAUGAUUCUAAUUACUGUUCAGUCAAUAAUCAACUUGCAAUUUCAUACCACGAAUGAAAUUGCAGGAGCCCAAUGUGGGUGGAAGUGAGAUGGCAUCCAGGGAAAAGAAACCCUUAGCGCCUUACAAAGCAAAACAGAAGGUAAAUAAUGAUUGUGGCUUGUCGCCGACUGAAAUUAAGAAUAAAAAAGGCAAGUCUUUGUCUAAUCUGAAACAACAACAAAUUGCAAGAAAUAUUUUGGAAGCUGUGGCAACUGGAAGUCAACUUCCUUCAAAAUUGGAAGGGAGUUUACCGCAUAAAAAGGUUCUUAGGAAUCUUAAGCGUAAACAAAAAUUAAGAGUGGCAAAAGCAAAUCUUAUUAAAUCUAAAGCUGCGAGGAAAGUAACGAAUAGAAAUUUGUGUAGAAUAACUUCUGACAUCAAGAAGGGCGUGAAGACAAAAAGGGUUAAACUGUCAGACAUAAGCAGCGUUAAGGCAUUGGAUAUUAAUUCAAAAGGCUUGGAAAAUCAUUUGGAUACGGAAAGCGAACACAUAGGAACAGAAGCCACUAAUAGAAGUGCCAAGAACAAUCUCAGGACCAAAAAGACCAAGUUUGUACCAAAAACUAGCAGUGAGGUGGAAAACGAGGAUAUUCAGGAUACAGAUUCAGUUGCCGGAUCCAGUACUAAAAGCAGUCCAAAACUUAAUAGAAAAGGAAAAAGCUCAGAGAGUCCAGAUUCCUUAUCCAAGAGCGUUAAAGCAACAAAGGUAUCUGGAUUAAAAAAAAACAAUAUUAAAGAAAGAGGCAGUUGUACAAAAACUAUAGAAGGAGAUAUCAAGUAUACGAAGGGUAGGAAAAGUAACGGUAAAGACAUAGAUUACACUAACACAAGGACAUCUUUACUAGACACAAAAUUUUCAAAAUCAAUUUUGGAUAGUAAAAGUUCUAUAGAUCUUACUAUAGCAGAAGUUAUAGCUUCGAUGCUGAGCGAUUCAGAGAUAGAUACUCAACAGGGGAUAACGGAGAAAGUUGAAAGCAAACGAAGGAGCAAGAAAAUGCUGGUCGAAGAGAAUAUAAUUACAGACAUUGAAAUUAAAAAGGAACCAGACAGCGAAGACACUAAAACCACAUCCGAUGGAGAGAACAUAGAAACCGAAUCCUUUCAAGGUGCAAUUCAAUCAAGGAAAAGAUUGAACACUUCAGUUAGUCAAAGAAGUUUGAGAAAUGGAAAGUUACGGCAGUCAGACUCCGGUGUUUCCACUGACUUGGAACUUAAAAAGCGGAAGAGAUUAAAUUCUGAUGACCAUGCUGGUUUGGAAGUAUCGGCUGACAGUAUUACAAAUGGCAAUGCAGACACAGAAUCUUGCUUCUCCGAGCCUGGUGGUAAUGAUUCGGUUAUUGUGAUAACCAAAGAUGAACCCUCUUCGAAGCAAGAAACGCAAAAGAAUUUUGAAGACUCGCAAACCGGAUCAGAAACUGAGAACAAUAAUAACAGUGAUCGACUGGAGAGAGCCAACGAAGUGGGACCUAUGCUGCGCUCCAAAACAAAAGCCAAAAGAACAGAGGUUGAUAUAAAAAGUGACAAUAUAAAAGUUGAGUACACAAGAAUAGUACCCAAAGUUCCAGACAUCCAAGAAGAGUUAAAGAAAGCCAGUAAUUCGGAUCAAGUCAGAAAGGACAGCAUCUUAGCCAAGUUCUCCGACAAAUCCAAGAGUAGAAGAAGUAGUUUAAACAUAGACAUGAAGAAGACGGUGAACUCGUUCUACGGUACAGAGAAGUCUGACGGCAACCCAAAAUCCCAGAUCGACCAAAUGAUAGAGAACAUAAAGCUCACGAUCGCGAAGUCGAUCGAGAGGAAGAUCUUCGGGCCAGAGACAAGUCACAGAUUGAACAAAAACUUCGAGGUACCAAAAAUCGAGGAAAUAAUCGCCCCGCUAAGCGCGGAGUCCCAAAAAUUAGGUUUAGAGGAGAACACGGACGAGGACAAGUCCACCGUCUCCAAGAACGAGAUCAAGUCGGACAGCUCCGAGAAUUCCGUACCGAAAGUGGCCGAUACUGCCAAAGAAAUCGAGAAACUAGUCAUGGGUGAUAUUAAAACAGCGGAAACACAGUCUCAGAACGUGCAGGAGGAGGAGGGCGACGCGAGUCAGCUGGUGACGGAGAACGAAGGCAAAAUGAACGGAGAGGAGUCGUGCAUAGAAGAGGAAGCGAAGGAUGACAAGAAACCGGUGACCAGAAAAUCGCCGAGGAUAACGGAUAAGGACGAAUGUUGCAAGAAGAAGAAGCCGGAGAACUGCGAAUCUGAAGAGAAGUGCAAGGAAGUUCCGAGUGAGGAGCCGAAGGAUGAGAACGAUGUGGACAUUGAUGUGAUGGAACCGCAGAGCAGUGAAAUUUGUACGAACGCUUCUGAGGACGAGGAGACCUUGGAGAGCAUCGCUAAGGAGGUGGAGAAGCUAGUGACGAAAGGUCAGUUUGAGAGUCCGGAGGAGGAUACCCUGGAGCAAGGUAGCGCUGAAAUUUUGGAGCCAAGUGCAGAGUGUGAGGAUAAACAGGAAGUUACUGAUGAGACUAAUAUGAAAGAUGAGGGUGUUACAGAUGAGAAUGUUUCUGAAGAGAAGGAGUCCGUCAAGGAGGUUCCAGUCAAGGAGGUUCCAGUCCAGGAUGUUCCAGUCAAGGACGUUCCUGUCAAGGACGUUCCAGUCAAGGAUUCCAGUCCUGAAACGGUUCCCAAGGAGAGUCCCGUCUUCGAGGACACCAGAGUGUCAGACACUGAAGCUAGAGAGAAGAUCACUGAUACUCCUGAUGAAGAGACUAAGACUUGGUCCAGCAACAGCUCAGAGCAAGAUGAGACCGUACCCAAGGAGGAGGAGAAGGAGCAGAAGGUGGACGACAAGAAGAGAGUCCUACGAGCCCGUGACAAGAGUAAGAAGCUGGAGAAAGGUCAACUCUCGUGCAGCAGAGAGGCCAUCGACAAAACACCAGAGGAGGAGGAGAAGCCUGAGGAGGGCGAGAUGGAGGUGAAGACAGAGCCUGAAGCGAGUGAGAACACCGAGGAGAACGAGCUGGAGCGUCAAGCACGCACCAGGCGCAGCCGGGAGUUCAGGAAGCGCAGGGAGGACCAGCUGGUGUCGUCGAAGAACAAGAGACCGAAGCGGGACAUCCGCAAGUCGGAUCAGCAGAAAGAGGAGACGCUGCUGGACAACGAGGUGGCGAAGAUCAACGAGAACAAUCUGAGCAAGUACGAGAACGGCACCGACUGCGCUAAGUUCCGAGGGUUCUCAGAGGGCGUUGGAGCGAGCCUGGAGCAGCGGGAGGACAAGGACAGCGUGAGGAGCAAGUCGGAGAACGAUCUGACCAUCAGCAAGGAGGGUAGCAAAGCCAGCGAGAACAGGCUCUCCCGGAAUUUGUCGGAGAACAGGAUGAUCAAGCAGCCGGAGAACAUGCUGGAGAACGACUGCAAGGCGAAGACGCUGGAGAUCUUGCAGAAGGACUCCGACGAGACGUCUACUUCGGGAGAGUCCUCCAGCAGCAUCAAUCUGACGCCCAAGAUACUAGAGACGCCGGAGGACAAGGCGAAGAAGGAGUCCAUUUUAAGACUGCUCGGUUUGGAGUCCUUGGAGAAGGCGGCCGAGAGACUGAAUCAUCAGAAGCUGAAGAAGGAACAGUAUACUGGGACCUUGAAGACUGUCAUUCAAGUGCAGAAGGAGAAGGAGAAGGACAAGAGGCGAUCAAGGUCGCCGUUGAAAAUGGUAUUGAAACAAGGUCGCGGCGACGGGGAGGGCGACUCGCCUGAGAACUUCUACACUAUACAGAAGAAGUUUGGACCCAGUUGGGGAGAUAGCAGCUCUGACGAAGACAAUGAAGACACCGCGCCAAAGGAUCGUCAGUCCCUUGUUAUUCCAGAAAAGUCCUCGUCCUUUUCUAUCCAUCCGGGACGCCUUUGCGCGGACGUGUGCUGCUACUGCUUUGGAAAAUUUGGGUCCCUGGACACGCCGAUGCAUCUGGCGCAAAUGAAAUCGGACGAGAGACGCAAGAAGAUCUUGAACAUCGAACGACACCUCACCAAGGACUCUUGCUUGUGCGACGCCUGCUACCGUCACGUAGAUAGAAAGGCAAACACGAGUCCAACGAACAUGCAGACCAAAUCGCAGAAACACCACCGUCAACUGAUGGUGUCCAAAUGUUCGGCCCGAGAAUGCAGGGACGCUGCACGACAUCACGUGAAACGUCGAUGGUUGCUCAAGAUAAAAGCCGGUCUUCAAAAGCAGGUGGACAUCGAUUGGGAGUCGAGUCAGCACACGUCCAUGUCGUUCUGCGUCGGCCAUUACUCGAAGAUCGAACGAUUCCUGACUUGUGCGCUGUGCAAACGUCGCCUAGCAAGAAAUCACACUCAUCAGUUGGCGAACGCGGAAACCGACGAGUUGAAUCAGCUGCUCGGCCAGCAGGGGAUUCCGGUGCUGCUGGCGGCUGGGACCUUCGUCUGCAAGCUGUGCAGAUACUUCACGCAGUUGCAGUUGAAGUACAAGGAUGUGGAGAAUAUGAACACGAAUCAUAGAUCGUUUUUCAAGAGCUAUCGUAAAAGAAUUUUGCACUACCACGACAUCGAAGUACUGGAGAACGAGGACGACGACUGUCCGCAAAACCAGUCGAAAGACAAGGACAAACGGAAGAAGGCCAAGUGUCCACCUCCGGUAAAAAGCGGAAUCUCCAAGUCUCCCGAUGGCACGUCCAACUCGGUCCCCGAGAAAUCUACUCCGGAACCAACGAACAAGAACGAAGGAACCAAUUCGGAGACCGACAACGAAAACCGUACGGCGAAGACGGCGAGCUCGAACGACGAGACCGCCACCACGGACAUCCAGUUUCUCGGCAUCGAGAGUACGGUGGAGAAACUGAAGAAGCGCAAGCUGCUGGACACGCACUCGUACACCUCCAACGCGCCUUGCAACAUAUCUUGCGACAGCCCGAACGAGGUGGUGGAGAUCCUCGCGAUGGACAAGGAAGUUACUUUGACGAGAUUGCCAAAGAGACAGAGAACGAGCAACGACAUUAGUCCGGUGGUGCAGAGACUGGGCGCUAAUCCCUCCAUAAGUGUGCGCACCCUGUUCCCCGGGGAGGAGGAGAUGAAUCUCCACGCCAACAUCGAGUUCACGAAUGUUCGGGAGAUCACGCCUCAAGGCUGGGAGAAGUGCGCCACCAUGAUACAGUACGACAGGGACACGAAGCUCCUGUGGCAAGAGUUGCAAAGACCGUACGGGAACCAGAGUUCUUUCCUCAGACACCUGAUACUUUUAGAGAAAUAUUAUAGAUCCGGUGAUCUGGUACUAGCUCCGAACGCCUCUAGGAACGCGAUAAACUACUCGACCUCCGUGCAGAACCGACUGAUCUCGUACGAGGGCCCGGAGAAGAUGGACGAGCCGAUCAUGGAGCCGAUCGCCACGGAGUACCACAACUCCCGACGCCUGAGCGGCGGCUACGUGCUCGAGAGGGAUAGACUCCCUGUUCCAAGCCCGAACACCACCAAUACCAACACCGCCACGACGAAGGCUCCGUCGACCAGCACGCAAUCGAAAGGAACCUCGUCGCACGUCGUGAAAUUAAAUUCGGGCGUGUCGAUCAUCAAGAAACCACCUCCUAACUUGCAACGAUUAAACCUGCCGUCUACCAGCUCCACCGCGAACGGCAAGCGAAAAGACGGGCAAAAGCAGCCGGUCUCGGCUGGUGGCAAGGUGUUUCAACUGAGCGAGCCGGACUUCAAGCGGUUGCAGAACCUGAAGAAGCAGAAGCAGAUGCUGGCGGAGAAGCACGCUAUGAGCGGCUCUGCUGGCUCGACCUCGUCGCCUAGCAUUAAAUCUAACGCGCAAUACCAGAAGACGCAGAUCGCGGCGCAGACGCAGUUUCAGAAGCACCUGAAGAUGCAACAGGAGAUGCUGAAUCGUCAAAGUCGGGGAGACUUCGAGCCGCUGAUCUGCGACAUCCGCUCGUUGGCGAACGAGAACAGCCCGACGCAAAACUUACUGCACAAUCUGAACCUGCCAAAGUCGAUACAGGUGACCACGAAGAUGUCCAACCAUAUUCCGAUAUUGCCAAAAAUUCCGAAAUCGUUGACGGUGAUUCCUCAGACCGUCACCAAACCUGCCGAGAAAUGAAAGACGAACAGAGAACAACAGUGUAAGUAAAGUAGAUAUUAAUUCUUUAGACGAGCUAACUAUAUACGAGAUCGGUGAAAAAGAGAGCGAGGAAUGUGUGGCUGAAGUGCAAGAAUGAACGAGUUUCAGCUGUAACUGCGGAGGAGCUCGUGACGCUUUCUGCCAAGAAACGAUACCUGCCUUAUGUAGACAAGUUCGAACGGUUCAAACCGAUUACACUACCGCGUCAUUUCGCGAACGGACGAACAGGAAAGGAUACGGUUGCUAACGAUAUACGCUACACUACCAAAGCACGAGCGUGAACACGAAGAAAGAAGAUACCGUUGGGAGAAAAUCUGUUUCCGAGGAAAAGUGCCUAAAGUGUGAUGCAAAUGAAGUCGUUAGUUUUUAAUGACAAAUAUAUAUAUACACGUUGAACGGACUUGAAACUAGAAAAACAAUUAUGUACAUACACACGCACAUACAGGCUGUUCUAGCUAAGGCAGUGCAUGCUGAAAGAAAUUGGAGUCCCAGAAUUUUGUAAUCCUUCAUUUUGUGAUGUAAAAAUUGAGUGCGCAAUUGUGAUUGAAAUAUUGGUCAUGCAUGUACUCCACUCAAUUUUGAAUGGUUCAGAAAUGAAGUUGAGAAAAAAUUCUGAAGGUUCCUGAUUUCUUUUAAGAUCGAGGAGUUUUAACUGGGAUGUCCUGUGUGUAUAUACGUGUGUGUGCGUGUGCGUGUACGUCGUGUGAGUGCGUGUGUACGUGUGUGUGUGUGUAUAUAUAUGUAUGCAUGUAUACGUACACGGAAAUUAGAACAAAACGGAUGAUUGUUCGUCGCACAGGUGAAGGAUGUAUAGUUGAGGAGCACCGCUCCGCUUUUAUUUCUUUAUUCGACUAGAAAAGACAUUUCUCUUCGUUCCACGAGAAAAGCGAGUCUCGCUUGUGGAUCAUCUCAUCGCUAGACAUAUCUAAACGCGUUCUUCGAGGGAUAAAGGAUUUGAUCGCAAGAUGGCGCCUCAAGCCGAUCGGUAGUUCGUUCCUUUUUACGUUUCCCGAAGAUUACGCGAUUCUCCGUUGAAAGAACGGUGCUGAAGGGAGAAGUUAGAUAAAUGGCGGGAGAGUGGACCUAGGAAUAUUUCAGGAGGGAUUUCCAUUAAAAAAAAAAUUACAAGUCUGUAAAUUUAAUGUAACUUGUUUGUAAGAAGAUUCACUGAAGAGACAUUAAGGUUGGAAAUUUUAUUGUUCAGACGAUUCGACACAAUUAUAGAAAGAAUGUAGAGAAAUAUCGUGAUAAAAUAUUUCUGAACGAGAAGGUCGCAGAAUUUACAAAAAGAUUUUUAACCUCUAAGGGUUAUGUAUACUCCAUGUGUUCGUAGGUCCAGUUCCUUCGCCUGAGACCGAUAUUUCGUGUAUCCUGGGUGUCUGCCAUGACUCUAAAUCGAAUAAAAGCGCGUCCACAGGAUUCGUGAGGAAUCUGUACGGUUAAAGGACCGCAUCAAGUGGCGCCGCUAUUUCGUUACGAUUUCUUCUUACUAGUAAUGUUUUUUAUCUACCUAGGGAGGACGAGAGGACGCAGGGAAUUCUGGUACCGUUAACGGUAAACAGAGAUUGUACAUUAUAAAUUCUAUAUUUUGGCCUGCUCGAUAGAGAGGAGCAUAACGACGACGUAUAAUUAAUUCUGUGGGCGAUUGUUCAUCGAGAAAAUUGUGUUAUCGUGUGAAUUGGUAAAUACAUUCUUACGAGUAGAUUGUAGGCUUACAUGCCUCGAGCUUAUUUAUUACGUUACUAUAAUCAUUAUACUACACUGUACAUAACUGAUAAUUAUUUCUAGUUGGUAACCAAUUAUUAUUACUACUAUUACUGCUACUAUUAUUUUAUUAUUAUUAUUAUUUUAUUAUUUUAUCAUCAUUGAAUAAUAAUUCAAUUUCUAGAUACGCCACGACGAAUUUAGUAGGAUUCCACUAUCAAGUCGAAUAACGAUUCGCUAGUUCAAGAGAGGUUUGAGAUUUCGAGCUUCUUUGGAGUGAAUGUACGAGCAUGAAGAGAUAUACAUGUAUGCACGCAUAUAUGUGUAUAUGUAGGAAGACCUUUUCUACUUCUUCGUGCGUUUGCAUGGUCGCCACGUGAAAAUGAUCCUGCAUGAAGGAAAUUUAAGAGAGAAUUCCUCGUUCUCUUUCGGAUACCAUUCGAUUGAUGCGUCGUCGCGAGAGUAAUUGCCUUAGUAGAACAUUAUUGAUUGUAAAUAGUUUAAAAGUGAGAGAGAGGGCAAAUGUAAAUUAGAUUUUCACGUUCUCGCGUGAUGGAAAACUGUAAAAGAGAGACUGUUAUCCGUUGAAUCCUCUGGAAACGGAGGUUGCUCUUGAACCGAUUACCUCAGUCUCGGGAAUUAUUUUCUGUAACGCUUAUCGUUCAUCUUUCUUUAUACAUGUUUGCAUCGACUGUUCGCCUAUGCACUAGUUACACGUUCACCAAAAAAUAGCACUAAACAGUGAAAGAAAUCGGUUCAGGAGCAAAAAGUUUUGUUAAAGAUACUUAACGUGGGCUGUGGUGAAUAUUCUGUUAAAAAAUUGCUAUUUCACAAGUUCUUACACGGUUCUGUGUAUCCCUAGGGAAAUAGCAAUGUAGGAAGAGUUAAAUUGAUCAAUUUCCAAACGAAAGCAUUUCGUUGUAUAUUCAUUGUUUCUGAAAACUGGCCCUCACCGGUGUGUAAAUUCUUCAACGGUUCGUCUCUCUCCAUCGGAUCUGAAACGAAAAACGUUAGAAUUUUUGAAGCAAGAUUUGUACAUCUAGACAAUCAAAUUGUUUGCGAAUGAUUAAGAAUCUGAAACGGUCGCAUAACGCAGCUCCAACGAAAGAGCCUGCGUUGUAAUCUAAUCUGGAAAAACGUUCACGUGGCGGCAUGUAAAUGAGAACACACACAUACACAUACACACACAUUUACAUACACGGAUGGUGCACGGUAACCGUGUGUAUAUUGUGAGUUGCGCGUACGCGUGAUAGGAAAGAGUAUCUGCGUGAGUAUUGUAUGUAUAUUAAAAAAAUAUAUAUAAUACUAAACCUUAUAAAAAAAAAAUAUAUAUAUAGUGGAUAAAAUUAUGAUACAAAACAGUACUUGACGGUACGUUAUACAUAUUAAAAUGCUCUAUUUUAUUAAGGAUAUUUUUGAUAUAUCUAUAUAUAUAUAAAUAUAAAUAUAUGUAUAUCAAACUAAAGAAAAAUGCGAAUCACCGAUCGACGAGUAUCGAUGGUAUAUGUAAUUAUUGUUAUCGACAGAUGAUAGCGUCUGAAUUUACGAGAUGGUAUUUACUGAGCUGUGUGCAGCGCGUGUCGAAUGUAUUUCUAAAUAGUAAAUCGAUGAUUGACAACAAGGUUGUUGAUGAAUUUCUUCUGUUUCUGCUUUCUGCGCGCCUGUAUGUGUUACAUGUGUGUGUUGUGUGUGAACGAGUGCGAGAAGAUUGUUUACGAAUGGUGAUUUCAAUGUCUCGUACCGAGAAUCACUGUUCCUUAUUUAUUUUCGUAUAUGUGUAUGUAUACACACAUAUAUAUAUAUUAGCUUGCUGCGACGACGAUUGAAGUCUCAACCCUUUCGCUUCAUUUCUUCUUUCUUUCCUCGACUCUAAAACAAGGAACACGAAAAUAUAGUUUUAUAAUCGUUAUUGUAGAAUAAUUGUUAAAGCCGUUCUUUGUUACAUGAUUCGUGGACAGAGUAUCAGAGAGACAUCUCGAAGAAUCGAGAAAUGGUUCCUUCGUUUGAGCGCGUCAAAUUUUCCUUCUUUCUCUUACCUGCUGAGCCUGCGAACUUUUAGGGUUAAUUUCUUUUAUUUCGCACUUCUUUUAAUGUUUAAUCGAUGUAUGUUUAUUGUAUAACCUGUAUAUCGAUUCUGUGUUAAAACUUGCAUAAUUUUCUUCUCCAUUAGAUUCGAAUAUUAUUUAUCGUCGUUGCUACAUCAUCUUGCGUCGGUCAAAGUUAAAUGCACCUUCUGGAAAAAACGUAUUAGCAUAAACAAUGAAAAGCAGUUCGGUCAUUGCUCAAACAAUUAUAUAAUUGUUAACGUGUGAAUGUUUCUUUGAAUUUAUACACCAUCAUUGCGUCAGCAAUUUGUUAAAUUGUAUAAAGUAAUUUAUUUAUCGAAAUAACGUGGAAAUCGACUUUUAGGUACGCGGUGUUGUUUUAGGAACGACAUUCGAGUUAGAUAGUGACGUACUUUCUUAAACUAUCGAAUCAAGUUACGAAUCGAUCGAACGUCAAAACGAUUCUUCGAUCGAUAUAUGUAUGAUAACGCAACAACUAGUUUGUCAACGCUAACUGCAUACUUCUCAGCAAAUAAAUUGCCUCUGUGAGUGUGUGCGUGAUGUGUGUGCGCGUGCGCGUAUCAAGAUACACGGAAGUGUGGAAAUACUAAAACGGGGGGAGGGAAACAAAAGAAAAAGCGGAGAAAGCGCGCGCGAACAGUGUGAGUGAACUGAGUUUAAGUUUUAAGAAUUCUAUUUUUGUGAUUAAAAGAAAAGUGUAAUUAUUGUAGGCAGAAAUGAGGAAGAUGGAUGCAGGAAACGUGGAAUGAUUUUUGUUAAAGGAACGCGUUCGAAACUUUCCAUUUUUUUCUCAAACUUUUCUGACAAACUUUUGACGAUUUACACAUUCCGACGCUUCCUUCGGAUUACGACAAGAGACCUUCCACUACUGAUCCAAUGUGCUUGUAUUUUCAGAUCUUUAAAUUAAGUUUUUUCGUUGUAGGAAAAUUGGGAAUUAAAAAGUAGUGGAACUUCUCUCAGUCAGAAUUUUUCCUGGGAAGCUUAGUGCAGUUUCUGACAGGUCUAUACUGCGCAUGCGCGUAAACAUCGAAGAAACAAUCGAGAGCAUACUUAUCGACCAACGAACGACACUUUGUUCAUAGAUGUAUCGAUAGAUUCUUUUCAGUUUUUCUUUUUAGCUAUUAUAUCUUCGUUAUCGAUCGGAAUGCUAUAUGAUAAUAAAUUACCGACUGUACUAGAAUUUUUGUCGAGUGCCAUUUCAAUAUAUCGGAACAUUGAAUCGAUAGCGUUCCCACUUUCGAGAAAAAAAGAUCAUUCAACGCUCCUGCAGCUAAGAAAUAUUUUUUUUGGCGAACGACAAACAAGGACAGGAAAAGCGACAGAAGCUAAAGUGCGCCGGACGAUCAAUCGCUUUACUUAGAAAAGAUAUUUUAUUAGACGAUACGUGAAUCGUGGUCAUUAAUAUUAGUAAUGAAAAGGGGGAAAAGCAAUAAAAAAAAAA